GCCGACUCCGACUUGCAACUAACCUCCGAGUUUGCAGAGGCACGACUCAGUAUUAUCCUACACCCCAGCACUGCCUGCCAUCCAGUCUUGGGGAUAAGUAAAGUGCACAUGUUCCUGGUUAGAAGAAUUUGCCGGAUCGCCCAGUCCCAUGCCACCCGGCCUCAGAUCCUAGUAGUCAAAAUAUGUCGUCUUCCACAGUGGAUCUGUUCACGCCGCCUGCGACACAGGAAGGCAUCGUCGCCGACAGCAACGGCCUGCCCGUGGUAUCGACCGAGGCGCCAUGUCCGCCACUGAACCCAGACCAAGUCUACGUCCGCACCGAGGCCGUGGCAAUCAACCCCAGCGACACUAAAAUGGUGGGGGAUUUCGUCAUUCCCAACGCCCUCUAUGGAGCAGACUAUGCUGGCACUGUGAUCGCGGUUGGGUCGCAUGUCCAAGGGAUCAAAGCUGGAGAGCGCAUAUGCGGCGCCCAGCAUAGCAUGCACGCCGGGACGCCGUUCAACGGGGCCUUUGGUCGGUUCAACGUCACCAACGGACAUGUCUGGCUGAAGCUGCCGGCGGGAUGGAGCUCCGAAGCCGGAUCUACGCUGGGGGCCAGCGUCAGCACCGCAGGCCUUGCCAUCAGAGCUCUUGGAUUGCCGCUGCCGGACGAACCAUUGAAGGUGCCAGCCAAGGUCCUGGUCUACGGCGCGAGCACGGCGACUGGGACCAUCGCCAUACAGCUACUGAAACUCGCCAACCUCGUCCCCAUAGCCGUCUGCUCACCAAAGAACUUUGACCUGGCGAAGUCACGUGGCGCAGUGGAGGCUUUUGACUAUCGUGACCCGGAAUGCGGGGACAAGAUUCGAACUUACACCUCCAGCAACCUGACGUAUGCCCUGGACUGCAUCACAACGGUAGAGUCGACCAAGGCGUGUUUCAGAGCCAUUGGGCGUGGCGGCGGGAGAUACGUAUCUCUCGACCCUUUCCAGGAACACGUCGCAACAAGAAAGGUCGUAAAAACAGACUGGGUGCUGGGCCCUGCUAUAUUCGGCCAUGGCUCCACCUGGCCUGCACCUUACAUGCGACCGGGUGACCCCGAGUUGAAAGAGUUUGGUGCCAAGCUCUGGGCGGUUGCCCAGAAGUUGAUCGACGAGGGCAGGCUGCAACAUCAUCCGCUGCAUUUGCUCCAAGGCGGCUUUGACAUGGUCAUCAAGGGGAUGGAGCUGGUUAAGAAGGGCCAGGUUUCUGGGAAAAAGGUUGUCGUCCGCCUAUCUUGACAAGAUGGGCACAGUCUCACGCACAGAUUUUUUGCCGUAGAUUAGGCAGGCGCUGUUUACACAUAACAAGUAAGUUCUUGAUAGAUUUUUUUGUCACAAUCUGCUCGACGAUAGUCCCAGUGGUACAAACAAAACCACAAACUGAGGGGCUUCAGGGAUGAGCCCUAAAACUAGAACGAGCGCGAUUUUGUUGGCCAAUAUGAUUGGCCGAAAAUCCAUGUCGCUUCACGGUAUAUGCAGCGACUAGGAAAUACCGCCAUGAGCGACGAAAUCGACAAGCGAUCCUCAGAUCUGCAAGAAAGAGAUCUUCGUGUGAGCUCUCUUUCAGGAAUGAGCGCUGAGACUACCUUGCUCCUGGACUGUACCAUUUAACCAGUUUAUUCCGAAUCGUUGCUUUUGUCGGGAACAACUGAAUAGCGCUGUAGCCUGCAGGGUGAAGGGGUAAAAUUUCGCUUUGUUGUCCAAAAAUGGCAGCCCAUACAUACUGUGUCAAACUUCCAAGUUCCAAGUAAGAGACAGCAUGGUGCUUCCCCUUUUACCGCUAAACUUACCGCCAAACAAGCUGAGCGUCCGGACUAUCGCUCGAACCAUCAUACUGGAAGAGCAAGGAUAAUGAGUCUGCUGGAACCCUGAGGCACCGCGCUUAUGGUUAUAGUAAAACAUCGGAUGAUCCC